GUGUGUGUCUCUAGAGAGUAAUGUGUGUGUGUGUGUUUCAGGUGAAAUAUAAAGCGGGAGGAAAGAAGGAGGCCUCGUCGUCGCUCUACCACCUCCUCCCCGAGACGCCGGAGAUGCAUUUUGCCAAACAGAUGUCAGAGAUGCAGAGCGAGACUAAGUACAAGAAGGACAAAGAGGAUCUGUCCAACACGUUGUUCUCUCUGCUGCCUGAAACUCUGCACACUCAGUUUGUGAAGGAGAUGAAUGAGACUCACAGCGAGGUGAAGUACAAGCAGGCUGGGAAGCAGCAGACGGCGUCUUCUCUUUACUCCAAACUGCCCGAAACUCUGGAGACCAAACACGCCAGAGAAGCGAGUGAACUACAGAGCGCAAAAAAGUACAAAGACGAGGGGAGGAAGGAGAUGACGUCGUCUCUGUACUCUCAGCUUCCUGAAACCUCAGAGACUCUGUUCGCCCGAGAGAUGACUGAGAUACAGAGCGAGAACAAAUAUAAGCAGAGCGGGAAGAAGAGCCAGAGCUCCAGCGUUUACUCUCAGCUCCCAGAGACCAACGACAUCCAGUUUGCCAAAUCUGUUUGUGAGAUACAGAGUGAGAGCAGGUAUAAAGAAGCCGGGAGGAGAGACGCGUCCGGCUCGCUGUACUCCAUGCUGCCUGAGACUCUGGACACUCUGCACGCUAAAGAAGCUUCUCAGCUGCAGAGUCAGGUGAAGUAUAAGCAGGACGGUAGGAAGGAGGCGAGCGGCUCUCUGUAUCACCAGCUCCCUGAAACCACAGAGACACAGCUGGCCAAAGAGCAGAGAGACAUGUACAGCGAGGUGAAGUACAAAGAAGAAGGGAAGAAGGAGGUCGGUAAGAGCCUGUACUCGCUCCUUCCCGAGACCGCAGAGACACAGUUUGCCAAGCAGAUGUCAGAGAUACAGAGCGAGACUAAGUACAAGAAGGACAAAGAGGAUCUGUCCAACACGUUGUUCUCUCUGCUGCCUGAAACUCUGCACACUCAGUUUGUGAAAGAGAUGAAUGAGACUCACAGCGAGGUCAAGUACAAGGAGGCAGGAAAGAAGGAAGCCAGCAGCUCUCUGUACCAGCAGCUGCCCGAGACGCUGGAGACGCAGCAUGCUAAAGAGGCUACCGAGCUGCAGAGCGAGAACAAGUACAAGCAGAGCGGGAAGACGUCCAUGUCGUCCAGUCUCUACGCUCAGCUGCCGCAGACGGCCGAGACGCAGCUUGCCGCCAAGAUGUCCGACCUGCAGAGCGAGAGUAAAUACAAGGAGGACGGGAUGAGGAACCUCUCUCACAGCUUCUACUCUCAGCUUCCACAAACGGCUGAAACUCAGUUUGCUAAAAGCGUCUCUGAGCUGCAGAGUGAGGUGAGCGAGACUCUGGUUUCAUUUCAUAAAUCAUGAAGCUUUACAUUCUCCUAAUACCACGUUUACCACAAAUACUAACUAAUACUCUGACCUUCCCAUUAUACAUGAGUGUGAUCCACAUCUUUCUCUCCAGGGCGGUUGUUGUGUAGAAGAAAAUCUACUUUUAUGUUUUGUCUUAAAUUCCACACUAACAGUCUACGCAAAUACACAAUAUUUCAGAUGAAAUAUUAGAGCACACAACACUAAUAUUAUCCCAGGAUGCAGUGCGGUAGAGAUAACGAUGGCAACCUCCAGUUCUGUAAAGUGAAGCCAAAGCUUCAUGUGUUAAAGCUGCAUU